CGGUUUAUAAACGUAGCAUGGUGACACGAUAUGCCAGUCCUCUCUUGAUUGCCAUUCGCCGUGUCAGGAAAUCGUCACCGAGAAAUUUCAACCGAGACAUCACUGAUCAGUCGAAACGAUGGAGGUAGCAAUUAUAGUUGCAUUUGCGUUCCUUAGCAUGUUCACGUUCUGCGAGGACACGUAUGCUCUUCCCGAUGACGCAAAAGCAACCACCAUAAAGGAGAUAAAGGAACCUAAGGACAUAAAGGAAGCGGCGACCGCUUCGAAGGAUGUAAAGGAUGCUAUUAAGGCUGCCAAGGAUGCGAAGAAGAGUAAGAAGGAGUGCGCCCGAGAAUGCGGGGACGAUUACGAUCCUAUUUGCGUUCACGAUCCUGCCGAUUCCAACUUUAAACCAAGGACUUUCAGCUCGCAAUGCAUUUUGGAUGUUCACAACUGCGAGAUGGGAACGAAAUGGGCUGUGAAGAGCAAAGGAGCAUGUCCUGGAUCCGGCGGAGUAAAACUGUCUUAAACAAUCGCUCGAUUUCAGGGGAUCAUCGAGAAACCGCAAAGUAGACCGUCAAAUUAAUCGUUAUAUCUUGUUUUCGCGAAUUUAUUUAGUUUAAUUGUAAGCAAAAUAUCAUAAUAUAUUGUAACCCGAUGCGACUCUUUCCACAAUUAUAGACUAGACAUAAUUACUAAAAGAAGAAAAUACUAGAUAUAUAAUUACGCGAGAAAAUCUCUCUGACAAUAAAAUUGGUCACCAAAUUAUAUGCUAUAUACAAUUACAUAAUGUAAAAGUCACAGUGCGUCUAUCUAAUAAAUAUUAAUAAUGAGCAA